AUGGUGGACUUAAUUCUGUGUUGCCUUACACCAUUGAGCGCUCAAAUGCUUCUUAACGAGAAAACAAUUGAUUGUCAACGGAAAGCUAUCCAUUUUGCUGCUAUUAGUGGGCAGCCAUGUCAACUCAAUGUUCUUCUUAAACACGGUACGAACACUAACGAUUUCGACCAGUCUAAACAAGCACCAAUACAUUAUCUCGUUGAACGGAACAAUGUUCUCAUGGUACGCCAGCUUAUGUGGUAUGGCGCUGAUUUGUCUUUAGUAGAACCAUCUACUUCAAGAAUUCCAUCCGAGCUUUAUAACGUAGAUAACGGAGAGGUGUGCUCGUACAUACAAACAAGGAUGAACGCUUUAGAACGUAUUAUGGCGACCUGGUUAAAGGCUAUUUGUGCAGGGAAACUCCAACUUCGUGAUGCAGUUACCACUUUACAUAGUAUUCGUUUUCUUCAGUAUGGUGAAGAUAGUCGGCGUGACGAAACACAGAAACUACUGUUAAGUCUGAGAAAGGAUGUCGUGAAGACGUUAUCUGACGAUGAGCAGCUGGUGGUCUUUAUGUUGCCUGUUGCGUUUACACCUCAAGAUUGUUUAAUGCCGCCGGGAUACCCACAUAUUGUUAGAACAGAGAUGUGCGAAACAGUGUUUUCCGACUUUAAGCAACCUAUAUCUCUCAUGCAAACACCGACGUCAGUACUUUCAUAA